GCUGUUGCCGUAACGGGAAUGGCAUGCAAGUUCGCCGGAGCUGAAUCUCUAGAGCAACUUUGGCAAAUCCUCGAAACAGGAACGUCACUAUACCGUGAUCUCCCCAAGGACCGUUUUCCAGAUUAUCGCUUUGCACGACGAUCAUAUGAAAGGCCAUUCAAGGCCAAUACGAUUGAUGAUGUAGAUGCUUUCGAUAACAAGUUCUUCAAAGUUACAAGCCGUGAGGCCACCUUCAUGGAUCCUCAACAGAGACUAGGGCUCCAGGUCACAUACCAGGCGCUCGAGUCAGCCGGCUACUUCAGUCGAGAUACCUACACAACAGGGACGGAGCGGGACAUUGGCUGCUACUUUGCCACAUGCACAAAUGAGUAUGCUGAGAAUGUGGCUACCCAUUCACCAUCUGCAUUCUCGCUUACCGGAUCAAUCCGGCCAUUCAUUGCAGGAAAGAUCAGCCAUCACUUUGGUUGGACCGGCCCUGCGAUCAUGUAUGAUACAGCUUGUGCAGCAUCAGGUACUGCUAUCCAUCAAGCCUGCCAAGCCGUUGCAACCGGAGACUGCAACGCUGCCAUUGCAGGGGCCACGAACAUCUUUGUCAGCCCUGAUACCUUCCAGAACCUAGCCGCUGGUCAAUUCACCAGUCCAACAGGGGCAUCCAAGUCAUUCGAUGCUGCAGCCGACGGAUAUUGUCGAGGAGAGGGCGUAGCUGUUGUUGUGCUGAAGAAACUCUCUGCUGCCAUUCGCGAUGGUGACCCUAUCAUGGGAGUUAUCGCUGCUACUGGUGUUAACCAAAAUGCAAACGAACAUUCUAUCACAGUGCCUCAUGGUCCUACCCAGAUGGGCCUUUACCGAAAGGUACUACGACGUGCCGGCAUGCAUGCUGACGACGUUUCGUACGUCGAGGCUCAUGGAACUGGCACCGCCCUCGGAGACCCAAUCGAGUCUCGAAGUAUACGAGGCGUAUUCGGCAACCAUUCUCGCCCUCAUGGCGAUAAAACUUAUUUGGGCUCAUUAAAGAGUAAUAUUGGCCAUACAGAAGCUACUUCUGGAUUAUCCGGACUCAUCAAGGUCCUGUUAAUGAUGCAAAAGGGAAUGAUUCCACCACAGGCAUUGUUGAAAAAUCUUAACCCAGCCAUUGGGCCAUUGGAGCCGAGCGGAAUGGCCAUUGCUACAAGCAAAGUUCCUUGGACCGCUCAAUUCAAAGCGGCAUGCAUAAACAAUUAUGGCGCGUCGGGAACCAAUGCAGCGAUGAUUGUUGCUCAACCACCAAACAUCAAGAGUCGGUCUUCAUCCACAUCGAUUGCAACCUAUCCCGUGUCAAUCACGGCUUUCAGUCCUUCAAGCUUGGCAGCAUAUUGUUCUGAGUUGCUGAGUUUCAUAGAUCAAUCAGACUCAGCCAGUAACGAUUUGGCAUUGGGCAUUUCUUACCACUUGUGGCGCCGCAGGAACCCCAGUUUGCCAUACACUGCAUGCGCAACCAUUUCAUCGCUCCAAGGGCUCAAAGAUUUUCUCUUAUCUACAAUGUCUACAAAGCCUCUCAAGAGUGAAAACAGUCAGCAGCCAGUGGUCUUGUAUUUCGGUGGGCAGACCGGCAAGAUGGCCACUGUCCCUCGGUCUUUCUAUGACUCUUCUGCAAUCUUCCGAAAGCAUCUGGAUGACUGCGAUGCCACACUACGUGCUUUAGGAUCUCAGAGUAUCUUCCCCGAUAUUUUUGAGCCUGGUCCGCAUGAAGAUACUGUUCUCCUCCACUCAAUAUUAUUCAGUGCGCAGUACGCGAGCGCUAUGGCUUGGAUAGAUUGUGGGCUUCAGCCAGCUCGGCUUGUUGGCCACAGCUUUGGUCAACUCACAGCUCUCUGUGUAUCAGGAGUAUUAUCACUUCAUGAAAGCUUGAAGCUGAUUAUUGGACGUGCACGCUUGAUCAAAGAGCAUUGGGGAGAUGACUCUGGAUCGAUGAUCGCAAUCGAAGCGGAUUUGGAUACGGUGAAGAGUCUUCUGACGAAGCAUGCAAAUCUUAACCUCGAUAUUGCUUGCUACAACGGACCACAGAGCUUUGUUAUCGCAGGCAGCACCCCUUCAGUUGACGCUCUAGAGGCUUCCCUGAAGUCGGCGCCACAAACGUUCCAGGCGAAACGCCUGCGAGUCACAAAUGCCUUCCACUCGUCCUUGACAGAAACCCUACUCGAGCCUCUUCAAGAUAUUGCUGAACAAUUAAACUUUCAGGCUCCAAAGAUCCCUCUGGAGACUUGCUCCGAAUAUAGCACUUGGCAAACAGCCACCCCAGCCCUCAUCGCGUCACACAUGAGGGAUCCAGUAUACUUCCAUCAGGCGGUAGAAAGGAUUGCGGAACACCUUGGCCCCUGUACAUGGCUUGAGGCAGGCUCGGGCUUCGGCGCGCCUAUGGUACGGCGAGCUCUUGGAACUCGAGCAUCCGCAAACAAUAUCAAGUCUCUGAGUGUAGAUUCCGCUUCAUCCAUAGAGCCUUUAGCUGAACUCACAGCGCAGCUUUGGGAGCUUGGUCUGGCAAUUCAGUAUUGGCCAUUCCACCACAGCCAACAGCAACAAUAUAAAAUGCUGAAUCUUCCUCCAUAUCAAUUUGACAAAGCUCGUUUCUGGCUGGACUGGAAAGAUCUGAGUCCGCCGGCAAUUGAGAUCCAAGUUCCGGUUUCAGAGCCGACAACGCUGCUACAAUUAGUGCAGAAGUCCAAUGAUGGAGGCGAAUUUUGCAUUAAUACUCAUUCUGAGAGUUGGCAAAUGAUUUGCUCAGAAAACUACAUCCUUGAUGUUCAAAUUUGCCCAAUUUCUUCGGUAUUGGAGUUGAUCUCCAAAGCCAUUAACACCCUACACAACUCUUCCCAACAAACAAGCUCAGUAUAUAAUGUCGAAUACUUGGCACAACAAAGUCCGAUACCAGCCAAGUCAGACGACAACUUCAGUCUGAUAAUCACCAAAGCCAAGCAUUCGCACUCUUGGAACUUUGUGAUUACGAGCACUGGAAAUGCCAGUCGAACGUACGUUUCCGGAAGCAUGUCCACUCCUUCGGCGAGUAGUGAGAGAAUCAGAACGGACUUUGCUCGCUUCCGAAGACUCAUUGAUACUACUCUCAUUAAAAACCUCACGAAUGAUGACGAAGCGGAUUCUGUCAAAGGAAAAGCUGUCUAUAAGAGCUUUUUGAAUGUGUUCCAGAUUCCAAAAUCUGGGCAGACAGUCAAGGAAGUGUCCGCCAAAGGCAACGAAGCCGCAGGCUAUCUGGUCUCGUCGUUCAAUAGCAAGUUUGAGGCCAUUGAACAUUUCAUUCAAGUCCCUCUGCUCUGCUUAAAUGGCUUACAAGAUCUUCAAGACGAUGAGAUUUAUGUCAAUAUGGCUUUAGGACAGGUCAUAUUUGAUGACUCUCUUGACUUAUCGCCUGGCAAGAACACUUCCUGGGCGGUAUAUCUCAAGUUUUUCGGGCUUGACGGCCCUGAGACUACAUGCGAUAUCUUUAUCUGCGAUACACAAAGUGGUCGGUUAUCUGCAGUUAUCCUGGACGUAACAUUCACUAGAUUGCAGAUUGGAUCUCUACGACAGGCACUUGGUGGCCCUGUUACUAUUACAUCCCCACAGUCCAACAAGCGGACUACCAUUACACCGCCUCAAUCUAACCGGCACGUCGAACCCACUACAACACGGCCUGAAACUCCUGAUUCUUCGGUCGAUAACGAGUCUGUCUCAUCACCAGACUUGCCGGAUGUUUCUAAAUCGCUGUUUGAGCUGCUUGGCCGCAUUGCCGACGUAGAUGUUGGCUCACUUCGCAGUGAUAUUUCGAUUUUUGACCUGGGCAUCGAUUCCUUGAUGGGAAUGGAGGUCGCCGAUGAGAUCAGCAAAGUUUUCUCUAUCAAGAUCGGAGUGCGAGAAUUUGAGAAGGCACAUGAUGUCGGCGCUCUUUGUAAACUGAUAGCAGACCGAUCAAGUGGCUUCUCUUGCAAUUCGGAAGUUAGUUCAAGAUCCCAGUCCAAUGUUCCAGAGAUGGCUGGGUCUAUGAACACGUCGCUAAUUUCCGUUACGUCUAGCAUGAAGCCUUCUAGCCAUGAAGAUCAGUUCGCAAGUGCCUCUCACUUCCCCUCACAUUCACGGUCAGCCAAUGAUCUAUCCGGUGCUGCUCACAAUGCCUUCAACCUCAUCCGUGAAGAAUUCGACAUCAUUGCCCAAGAAACAGGGUGUGACAGGUUCUUCUCAGAGGUCCACCCUUCCCAAGCGGGCUUGAUCGUUGCCUAUAUAACUGAGGCAUUUGCUAAGCUUGGGUGUGACAUUUCCACCAUCAACGCUGGCGAGAAGAUUCCGAAUAUACCCCACUUGCCAAGAAAUGAUAAGCUUAUGGCUCGGUUAAUGCGUGCCCUCCGUGAUGAUGGCCUCAUCACUCAAGUUCACAAUGAUUGGGUUCGCACCUCUAAACGCGUGGCUAUUCAACCAUCAUCUUCUGAGAGAUAUGACCAGAUAAUUGCUGAAUUUCCACAAUUUGCACCUGAAAACAAGCUACUGCACGUUGUUGGCGCCAAGUUGGGUGAGUGUCUCUCAGGCAAAGAAGAUCCACUUGUAUUGCUUUUUGGUAGCCCUGAAAAGCGCAAGUUGAUGGCAGACCAGUACCUCCUCGCACCGAUACAGUCAUCUGUAUCUCAGCAACUUGUGAGUUUUAUCAGAAAUUGCUUCGGUUCACAGCAAUUGAGCAAGACUGUCCGAGUACUUGAAAUCGGAGGAGGCACCUGUGGAACUACUCUGCCGGCAGUCAACGCGUUUGCCCAGCUUGGCAUCUCUGUCGAGUAUACUUUCACAGAUAUUUCAUCUUCUUUUGUGACAGCAGCUAAAUCCAAACUGCGAGAGCACACAUUUGUCAAAUUUAGAACCCUUGACAUUACACAAGACCCUUCCACAGAUAUAAAGGGCUAUUUCGACAUGAUUAUUGCAACAAACGUUAUGCAUGCAACCCCUGACGUUUGCAAGAGCACAUCAAACGCUCGGCAACUGCUACGCCCAGGUGGAUUCUUCACUCUUGUGGAAUACACUUGGAGGAAUUACUAUUUCCUUGAUGUCAUUUUUGGGCAGCUAGAUGGAUGGUGGCUAUUCAACGAUGGUAGAGACCAUGCUAUUAUGGAUGUGAGUGACUGGAAGAAAACUCUUCAUCGAGCUGGAUUCGAGGAGGUAGAUUGGACAGAAGGGCAGACUGAGGAGUCAAAAAUCUGCAGAAUCAUGUUAGCU